CAAGGACGCCACAUAAUUUCCCCUCAUCGGUUCCCUCUCUUUUACAGUCGAACGCCCAGAUAAGAUUUCUCCUCAAUCAUGGCUGACGCUUCUUCCAUGGUUCUCAUCAGAGCGACAUUAACACCCACGUUUUCUAGCCUUUCAAGCUCUUCAUCUCUACUAUUUGGAACAACCCAUCAUCCGAUUUCCCGAGGGAAGUUCAGCAGAAGCCUCAUCACCAUUCGUUGCUCUUCAAUUUCCACUUCAAAUGAUACCCUCAAAGCUCAAGAGGAAGUCAGCUGGGGUUGUGACGUUGACUCCCUUGAAAAUGCUGCUUCUCUGCAGAAAUGGUUGUAUCAAUCAGGCUUGCCUGAACAGAGAAUGGCUAUACAGAAGGUGGAUGUUGGAGAAAGGGGACUUGUUGCUCUCAAGAAUAUAAGGAAGGGAGAGAAGUUGCUGUUUGUGCCUCCCUCGCUCGUCAUCACUGCUGACUCGGAGUGGAGCUGCAAAGAAGCUGGUGAAAUCCUCAAGCAGUACAAUGUUCCAGAUUGGCCAUUACUUGCAACUUAUUUAAUUAGCGAAGCAAGUCUUGCUUCCUCGUCGAGAUGGAAAAACUACAUCUCAGCUCUGCCAAGACAGCCUUAUUCUCUUUUAUACUGGACUCAGUCAGAACUAGAUAGGUAUCUGGAGGCCUCACAAAUUAGGCAGCGAGCAAUUGAAAGGAUUAAUGAUGUCACUGGAACAUUUGAUGACUUGAAGCUGAGGAUCUUUUCCAGGCAUUCUGAUAUAUUUCCGGAAAAGGUGUUCAAUAUUGAAACUUUUAAAUGGUCUUUCGGUAUACUCUUCUCCCGUUUGGUCCGCCUACCCUCAAUGGAUGACAGAGUCGCACUGGUUCCCUGGGCAGAUAUGCUUAAUCAUAGUUGUGAGGUUGAAACUUUUCUUGACUAUGAUAAAUCAUCAAAGGGAGUUGUAUAUACGACGGAUAGGGCCUACCAACCAGGUGAGCAGGUUUUUAUAUCUUACGGAAAGAAAUCAAAUGGGGAGCUUCUUCUCUCCUAUGGAUUUGUUCCUAGAGAAGGCACCAACCCAAGUGACUCUGUGGAGUUGUCAUUGUCACUUAACAAAUCUGAUAAGUGUUUCAAGGAGAAGAUGGAAGCAUUAGCGAAGUAUGGAUUGUCAGUUUCGCAAUGUUAUCCGUUACGAGUAACUGGUUGGCCUCUGGAGUUGAUGGCAUAUGCCUACCUGGCGGUUAGUCCCCCAGCUAUGAAGAAUUGGUUUGACGAUAUAGCAGCGGCAGCAUCAAACAAGUCAACCUGCAAGAAGGACAUCUCAUUUCCUGAACUACAGGAAGAUGCAUUGCAAUUUAUAUUGGAUAACUGUGAGAGUAGUAUAUCAAAGUAUUCCAAAUUCCUUCAGGCAAGUGGGUCUAUGGAUUUAGAUGUGACUAAUCCGAAGUUACUCAACCGGAAGUUGUUUCUCAAGCAGCUUGCAGUGGACUUGUGUACUAGUGAACAGAGGAUAUUGUUCAGAGCACAAUAUGUAAGAAUCAAUUCAUUUCCCGUGCUAGUAUGAAAUUGUUUUCAUUUUUCAGCUCCUUUCAAGUUCAGUGGGUUGUUUUGACUUGAAAUGCAAAAGCAUGUGAUUCAAAAGAUGUUGGAUUUGCAGUCUGCAUCAUCAGGAACAUGAUGAUGCGUGUUUCUCAUCUGAACAAAAUUAAGGUCGUCUUGAAAUCUCUAUUUUCAUCCUGAAGACUAUGCUCUGUAGAGUAUGGAUCAAAAGGGACGUUACAUAUGCUUAGAUUGCAAGUAUUUCCGACUUGAUCAUAAUUUCUUUGGAAAUGCUGAUAUAUUCUUUUAGUGGACUAUUUUGACUGAGAAAUGACCACUUGUGAUAACAAUUUCAAGCAUCAUUUCCUUAAGCUCUAGAUUAUUCCUCGUGAUAAGAUGUCGUAAUCCGUUUAUGAUGAUGAUUGUGGUUACUGCAGAUUCUGAGGAGAAGAUUACAGGAGAUAAGAAGAGGUGAACUGAAGGCACUUAGACUUUUCGAUGGUUUCAUGAGUCUUUUCAAGUGAGGGAAGGGAUCAAAAGGAGAAAUGACCAAUGAUAGCAUAAUUUAAUUUCUUUCCUCAGCAUUGCAGUGGCUUUUUGAAGUUUUGGCCUGUGUCUAAAUGGCACGGUGGUAAGACCUACACAACCGGGUAUAACUCUUUCUUCAUGGCGAGAGUGGAGUCUUACAAUUUUCUUCUUGUUAUGUUAUUGUGGAUGGAUUGGAGUAGUCAUUAUGAUUCUCUCAUUUUGGAUUUACGAGUAUUACUAUGACUAUAUUACAGUCAAAGUUCAAUCAAAUAUAAAAAAAUUGUAGCCUUUGAUGAUCGUUUGGGAACAGUCCUUUUUAUUUAAUAAUUUUUUUUAAUACUAAUGCGGAACCAAAGG